AUGGCUACGGGCCUCCGCUCGUGGCCUUCGUCGGGGGUUCGCUGGUUGGAAUGUUCUGUAGCCGCAAGAAAUAUUGAGGAGCAGUUUGUAAACCACUUGAAGAUUCUGGUGCCGCGCCUGCUCAGUGCCGAGAAUUUAGUCAAGAAAGAGAUCGGAGGACAACCCGUGAAGGCGCGUGACCUCCUCAAGUUCUUCACGCUCUUCAUGGAGGUGUUCAAGGACAAUGACCUCCCAGAGCCAACGACCCUCGUCGAGGUGAGUGGGAGGCUGGCCGCCCUCGCUGCGGCGCCCUUGCUUCACAUCUCAAGGCCAAUUGCUGCGGGAAAGGCCUCUGUCGCUAGGAAACGCCGCGGAGAAGAGGGAAAUGCCGUUGGCUUUAGGUUGGCUUUUGUCCGUCCUUGGGGGGCGCUCCUUGGCUCGGCGUUCGCGCGAAAGCAGGUAGCUCCUUCGCCCGGUUUAGUUCUCGCGCUUACCCAGCCUCUGUCACAGCAACACCAGCCUGGCCCCGCCCAAGCCCCCCUCUCCACCACACUCCCCCUCCCCCGGAACGGCCAGGUCCCGAGGUGGCGCCGAGGAGGGCGCCCCGAGGAGCCCGGCCAGGUCCCCGAAGGUGGUGCCGAAGGAGAGCGCCCCGAAGAGCCCGGCCAGAAGAAGGGCAGAUGGGGCUGGGGCGGCACCAGGGGCGCCAGGGGCAGCGGGGCCAGCGGGGCCAGCGGGAGCCUGGGGGCAGUCGGAUCCCCAAGGGAAGGCCUGGUCUGGGCGCCCGCAGCGCCACUUCCGCCGCCCUCGUCAAGCGAGGCGCCCGCCCGAGCCUUCUCCCGCGCCCACGUCUUCGCUGUCCCGCGCCAAGAGACCCGCGUCCACCGCCGCCGGCGCUGCCAGGGGAGGCCUCGUCAGAGCCUCCACUACACUGAGGGCGAGCAACCUCCCAAGGCCGACGCCCUCCGCCUCGAGGCUCAGCGCCGGCCCCCGCCCCGCCUCCCGCCCCGGCUCCCGCCCUGGCUCUCGUCCCACCAGCGGCGUCGGCGCCCGUCGCGGCUGGCGAGGCCGAGUCCCCUCGAGGCCAGGCACAGCAGAGGCAGUUCGCCCUCGGGCAGCUCCUCCCGCCUGGCCGACGAGUCUCCGAGGUCGAGCAUCUCCAGCCGGUCCGGGCCGUCCUCGCGCCCCCCCUUGGCCCGCUCUGGGACGUCUCCAGGCUGGCCCCCCCGCGCGGGCCCGCCCCCCCCCCGGGGCCUCAGCCGCACGUCCACCUCGCUCGGCCUGAAGGCGCCUCCGCCGAGGCCCCGCGGGGAGGCGCCCAAGGCCGCGGCGGGGGCGGGCGUCGGGGCAAAGAGAGGCGCGGAGAGGGCGGAGCCGGCGGCGGACGCGGCCAAAGAAGACGAGUCGGCUGGGGACCUUCGUGGGGAGCUGCGCGUCGUCCUCCGUGGCGCGGCUGCCGGGGCGCGGCGCCGACGCCAAGACGAGCCUCCGCAGGACGUUCUCCUUCAUGAACAAGCCCCUGGGAAGCCGCCGCGCCGGUCGCUGGCAUAG